UUGUUUUUCUUUCUCUUUACUUUCUUUUUAUGUAUUUUUUUCCCUUGUUCUCUUUAUCCUCUCACCUUCCAAUUUGAUGUUUCUUGCUUCUUUCUUUAUUUUGCUCUUCCUUGCUUUCUCUCUUCAUUUCUCCUACUUUGUAUUUCUCAUCAUUCCUUUCACCCAUUACUUUGUUUUCCUCUCUUUCUUAUCCUGCCAUUCUCUUCAAUGCAAUUUUCUUUCAACUCUUUCUACUCACUUAUCACCCAAUUAUGUCUUAUUUAUCUCUCUUCCCUAGUCUGGUCAUUAUUUAAUCUCACUUUCAUUCUCUUUCUCUCACUCAUGUAUUCUUUCUUUCACUUUCUCUUUCUCUCUCCCUUUCGUUUUCUCUCUCUCUCUCCCUUUCGUUUUCUCUCUCUCUCCCCCUUUCGUUUUCUCUCUCUCUCCCCCCUUUCGUUUCUCUCUCUCUCCCCCCUUUCGUUUUCUCUCUCUCUCCCCCCUUUCGUUUUCUCUCUCUCCUUUCCUUUCGUUUUCUCUCUCUCCUUUCCUUUCGUUUUCUCUCUCUCUCUCUCUCUCCCUUUCGUUUUCUCUCUCUCUCUCUCCUCUUUUCUCUUUUCUUUCUCUCUCUCUCUCCCGUUCGUUUUCUCUCUCUCUCUCUCUCCCGUUCGUUUUCUCUCUCUCUCUCUCUCCCGUUCGUUUUCUCUCUCUCUCUCUCUCCCGUUCGUUUUCUCUCUCUCUCUCUCCCCUUUCGUUUUCUCUCUCUCUCUCUCUCCCUUUCGUUUUCUCUCUCUCUCCCUUUCGUUUUCUCUCUCUCUCUCUUCCCUUUCGUUUCUCUCUCUCUCCCCCUUUCAUUUUCUCUCUCUCCCUUUCAUUUUCUCUCUCUCUCACCCCCUUUCGUUUUCUCUCUCUCUCUCUUUUGUUUUCCCUUUCCCUUUCGUUUUCUCUCUCCCCCUUUCGUUUUCUCUCUCUCUCUCACCUCUUUUCGUUUCUCUCUCUCUCUCACCCCCUUUCGUUUUCUCUCUCUCUCUCUCCCCCUUUCGUUUUUCUCUCUCUCUCACCCCCUUUCGUUUUCUCUCUCUCUCACCCCCUUUCGUUUCUCUCUCUCUCCCCCCCUUCGUUUUCUCUCUCUCUCUCCACCCCCCUUUCGUUUUCUCUCUCUCUCUCCCCCUUUCGUUUUCUCUCUCUCUCCCCCCUCGUUUUCCUCUCUCUCCCCCUUUCGUUUUCCUCUCUCCCCCUUUCGUUUUCCUCUCUCUCCCCUUUCGUUUUCCUCUCUCUCUCUCUCACACGCUUUCGUUUUCUCUCUCUCACACGCUUUCGUUUUCUCUCUCUCUCACACGCUUUCAUUUUCUCUCUCUCUCUCACACGCUUUCGUUUUCUCUCUCUCUCUCUCUCUCACACUUUCGUUUUCUCUCUCUCUCUCUCACACGCUUUCGUUUUCUCUCUCUCUCUCACACGCUUUCGUUUUCUCUCUCUCUCACACACGCUUUCGUUUUCUCUCUCUCUCACACACGCUUUCGUUUUCUCUCUCUCUCUCUCAUUUGUUCACCUUCAUUCAUUCAUUCAUUCAUUCAUUCAUUCUCUUUCCACUUAGGAAUUUUCUUUAUGAAAUGA